AUGACUGAAGGCACGGGCGUCCCAACCUUCAAGCUCGUCCUUGUCGGCGACGGUGGUACUGGAAAGACCACCUUCGUAAAGCGUCAUUUGACGGGAGAAUUCGAGAAGAAAUACAUUGCGACUCUGGGCGUCGAAGUUCACCCUCUUGGUUUCACCACCAACCUCGGACAGAUCCAAUUUGACGUCUGGGACACCGCUGGUCAAGAAAAAUUCGGCGGUCUUCGUGAUGGAUACUACAUAAACGGGCAAUGCGGCAUCAUUAUGUUUGACGUCACAUCUCGUAUCACUUACAAGAACGUUCCAAACUGGCACCGUGACCUGGUCCGUGUCUGCGAGAACAUUCCAAUCGUCUUGACUGGAAACAAGGUUGAUGUUAAGGAGCGCAAAGUGAAGGCAAAGACGAUUGUUUUCCACCGCAAGAAAAAUCUCCAGUACUAUGACAUCUCCGCGAAGUCCAACUACAACUUCGAGAAGCCUUUCCUGUGGCUUGCCCGCAAGCUUGUUGGUAACCAGAGUCUUGAAUUCGUUGCUGCCCCAGCUUUGGCCCCACCAGAGGUCGCCGUUGACCAGGCUGUUAUGGAGCAGUACCAGAAGGAGAUGGCCGACGCAGCUCAGAUGCCUCUUCCCGAUGAGGAUGAUGCUGACUUGUAGAUGAUUCACGAGCUGAUGGAUGUUAAAUGGGAUGCUGAAAGAACUACGUGGGAUUGACGAUACUGGGCGCAGAGGCUUUUUGCCAUAAGCGCAAUCAACAUAGCGUGCGCAGGGAGGUGCAUUUGAAAGCACCUUGAAUGUGAAGAAGUCAGCGUGGCCAAAAGUCACGGCGGCUUCGCUCUGAGGACUUUAUCUAGACUUUAUAAGAUACUCAUUGGCUCUCACUCGGGCAUCCUGAGUCGAGACAAUUGCAUGACGAUCAAACCGAUAUGUUUGUGACUUGGACCUGUGAGACCGCAUAUAUACGACGGGCUGUGGUAGACCUGGGUCAGAUCUCAUCACAUCAUUGAGUAACAAAUGAUUCACACUUCACAUAUGAGCCAGGCUUGGUGC